GACCCUUCGGCUGAGUUAAUGUAGUUUAGAUUGAGCUUUCCUGAUCCAAUUACCAGGCAAGUGAUCCCGCUUGACAAGAUCCCGAGUAAUAUCAAGGAAAAGGAGUACCAAUCCUCGAACAGACCACAUGCAGCAGUGCUGCACAAGCUGAUAAAGAUGGGGAAAAUUGCAAGCCACACAGAGUGCGUUUCCAGCAGGUUCAGUGGCAAUUUCUUGUCCUUCACAUUACCCUGCCAGUCCUGAGCAGGUGGUAAAUGUAUGACAGUCACCUUCGUCGGAGUUGUCCUCCUCGUUUUAUCUUCCAGCUCUAUCUUUCUAAUAUCUCUAUCCUCUGCGCCCUUACAUUCUUCGGCAAGCAAGUGCGCUAUAUAGCUUGUCUUGUCCAUGACGGUUCCGGAAAAGGCAGCUAUAAAUUUUGGACCUUUUUCUCCUGCAAAUUGGAACACCGUAGCUGGAUCUAGGUUAGGUCCUGGAAAAAGCCCAUCCCAUAACCUUGAUUUUGCCAUCUGCCCAUACCGCUUUGCGACAGUAUAACUGCCCGGAGAGUUGUACCAGCCUAGCCACUUCCUCCCCUCAUAAAGAUGCACAGUCAGCAUUGCGGCAAUCACUUCUUCACCUCCAAAGAAUCCAGCCACAGCUAUGGUGUCUAGGGAAAAUUUGGCGUCUCGGAAAGGAACAUUCUCAAGUGGCAUAAUGGAAAGAUUCCAAGGUAUCGGAAUAACAAGGAAAGACUCAGAGUCAGUGUUUGUGGGCUCUCCGUUGUAUCAGCUGCAAAUACCUUUUAUAUGGCUCACUUUAUCGAGAACAAAUUCAGACAUGCUACCAACAACCAGUUCCCGUCUCCAUUCUUUCACAAUUGCAUGCGCUAUACAUGCUUGUCGUGAACUUUGAUGGCGCCUUUUUACGGUGGUACAUGGCUUUUGGAGGGAACCGCCCUUCCUUACAUCUCUUACCGCAGCUAGACGCGCAAUACUAAGAUCCUGUGUUUUCAUUUUCGUCCGGAAGAUCUAGAUGAUGAAGCAUUGCAACAAUGCCCAUCCCCCGCCCACCAUGCAUUCUAGUGCCAGGUAGACCCUGACAUAAACGCUCAUUGUAUUGAUAUUGAAACACGCUUCUCAUGGCCUGGUGCCAUCUAUACGAAAGGCGCUUGAAGGAGAAUAACCAUCAUACUCUUGUGUUUCGUUAGGGGUACCAACGACUGUUGAAAGCAAACGGUUUGCAUAUCACUACGGAAUUAUAGUCGAUCCAUGGUGCCAGCCUCCGUUGCUUCGCUAUCGCUACAUCCAACGAUUUUUGAAUACUGUGGAUCUGAAUCCAUGUUGGAUAUUGUGGUAUCACACAUGCAACCACCACGGAACGCAAUAGCCCCUCACGAAAACCAACAACCC